AACCAUGCUUGUUUUGAUCUUUAAACUAACCUAGUUCUAUUUCUGUAAUAAAUAUCGAAAAAUUCCUUAUAAAUUUAGGUUGUCUGAUCAGCCUAUUUCUUUGACAUCUUCCACACCCAGACAGGAUUAAAGUACCGAGGUAAAGUUUGUCAGGAUGAAGAUAAAAAGACAGAAGCAUGCCAAGAAGACCAUCAGCUUCUACAAGUACAACUUUGGAUUUCGGGAACCCUUUCAAAUCCUGAUCGAUGGCACUUUCUGUCAGGCAGCGUUAAAGAAUAAGAUCCAAAUCAAGGAGCAGCUGCCUAAAUACUUCAUGGGGGAGGUUCAGCUUUGUACCACCAAAUGUGCUUUGAAGGAACUCGAGACUCUUUCCAAAGACCUGUAUGGAGCUAAAUUAAUCCUGCAGAGGUUCCAGGUGCGGAAUUGUAGACACAAGGAGCCUGUGUCUGCCUCUCAAUGCCUGCUGUCCAUGCUGGGAGAGAAGAAUCCACACCACUAUUUCAUCGCCACACAGGACAGAGAGUUGACUACAGCCCUGAUGGAGAUCCCUGGCGUGCCCCUGAUUUACAUUAUCCUCAACACCAUGGUGUUAGACAAACCGUCAGCGUGUUCAACGAAGCACGUGGAGGCUGUGCAGCUGGGCGAGCUUGUGAGUCCUCAUCAGCAGCAGAGCAUCCAGAGCCUGAAAGUCGAACAGGGCCUCGGUAAGGACGGCGAGGAGCAGCAGGGCAAAAAACGCAAGAGGAAGUCAGGCAACCCCAACCCUCUCAGCUGUCUAAAAAAGAAGAAGAAGAUGAUGCCACAGCAGCCGAAAAGGACAGACGGAGAGAAGAAGAAAAGGAGCAGGCACCGGAAGAGGAGCGCUGCUGGAGCGUCUGUCGGUGUGGCCCCGAACGCUUCUGGUGCUCAGUCAUGACUUGCAGCUUAAAAGAGUCUCCCUCUUGUUCAUUACUCGAAUUUUUUAAUAAAUCUUUAGUCAGUACAUCAAUUAACAGGUUGUCUGCGUUGCUGGAUGGCUUUGUGAAGUUCAUGGAUGCAUUUAAAUACCUUCAGUAGAUGAGAAAUAUCAUGUUAAAAUAUGAAAGUAAGGCUUUUUAUUAUAAACACACACAUCACUAGAGCCACCAGUGUGAGCAGACGAUAAAACCAUUGUAUUGCGAUGUUUGACUUUGUAACCUGCAGUCUCGUGACCACCACAAGGUGGAGAUAAAGGUCACUGUAAAGGUUCUGCUCCAUCACUUAAAAUCUUUUCUGCUGAUAGCUGUAUGUCCAGUUUUAGUUUCUAAACCCAGUGUCAGUUUUGUGCAUAAUAAAAAAUAUUCUAAUGUCUGAUA